AUGGAGGGCAUCCUAGAAGAUGCUGCAAGCAAGCCGGUUCCAGAGCUGGUGGUAUUCAUCGUCUACGACCUGCCAAACCGCGACUGUCAUGCAAAGGCUUCAAAUGGUGAGCUAUGCUGCAGCUACAAGGCUGAUGGGCGCUGUGACUAUACGGAUGUUAGUGAUAGCCAAUGCCGAGCUGGCUUACGGCAGUACAAGGAGGAGUACAUUGACAAGAUCGCCGAAGUACUUCGCCAGUUCUCCGGCCGCGUUCCUGUGGUGCUGGUUAUCGAGCCAGAUUCGUUGCCGAAUCUGUCGACCAAUCAGGCGGACCCCAGGUGCGGAAACGAUGCAACAAAGAGCGCAUAUCAGCGUGGUGUGAGCUAUGCAGUCAAGGCUCUUGCAGCUGCCGACCCCUAUGCUGCCAUCUACCUGGACGCCGGCCACGGUGGCUGGCUGGGCUGGAAGGACAACAUGCAGGAUUUCGUCCGGACAAUUAGAGGUCUCGGGGUGUCUGAUCUUAUCCGCGGCUUCGCUAGCAACGUUGCAGGCUACCAGUACGUGGGCGAGGUGUGUCCCACGUAUGACUUCUGCUUGAACAACGCUCAUCCAGAACACCCGUGCUGCAAUGAUCCUUGCGGCUUGACCAGCGAGUGGAACCCCUCCCACAAUGAGCUGCAGUAUGCUUUGCAUUUGCGGAAGGCCAUGUCAGAAGGCAUCCGUGGCUUUCAGCCCCACAUGAUCAUUGACACUGGUCGCAAUGGUGUUGCAGGCAUGCGUUCGGACUGCGCUAACUGGUGCAACAUCAGAGGUGCUGGGGAUUGUGCCUCCGUGGACAGCAUCGGCUCUCGACCGGAUGAGCCUCGUCAGUGGUUCGACUACCAAAUCAAGGAGCUGGCCGCCAAUGCCAAGCUGCACUAG